CGGGGCCGCGCAGCCCGAGACCGGACCGCGGAAAGGGGGCGAGGGCGGCGCCCCUGCGUGCACAGGCAGCAUGAGCAUCGAGAUUCCCGCGGGGCUCACGGAGCUGCUGCAGGGCUUCACGGUGGAGGUGCUGAGGCACCAGCCCGCCGACCUGCUGGAGUUCGCGCUGCAACACUUCACGCGGCUGCAGCAGGAGAACGAGCGCAAGGGCGCCGCACGCUUCGGUCAUGAGGGCAGGACCUGGGGGGACGCGGGCGCCGCCGUCGGGGGCGGCACCCCCAGUAAGGGUGUCAACUUCGCCGAGGAGCCCAUGCGCUCUGACUCCGAGAACGGCGAGGAGGAGGAGGAGGCCGCGGAAGCAGGGGCGUUCAACGCUCCAGUUAUAAAUCGGUUCACAAGGCGUGCCUCGGUCUGUGCAGAAGCUUAUAAUCCUGAUGAAGAAGAAGAUGAUGCAGAGUCCAGGAUAAUACAUCCCAAAACUGAUGAUCAGAGAAGCAGAUUACAAGAGGCUUGCAAAGAUAUCCUGCUGUUUAAGAACCUGGAUCCAGAGCAGAUGUCUCAAGUGUUAGAUGCCAUGUUUGAAAAAUUGGUCAAAGAAGGAGAGCAUGUGAUUGAUCAAGGUGAUGAUGGUGACAACUUUUACGUCAUCGAUAGAGGAACAUUUGAUAUUUAUGUAAAAUGUGACGGUGUUGGAAGAUGCGUUGGUAACUAUGAUAAUCGUGGGAGUUUUGGAGAACUGGCCUUAAUGUACAAUACACCCAGAGCAGCUACAAUCACUGCUACCUCUCCUGGUGCUCUGUGGGGUUUGGACAGGGUAACCUUCAGGAGAAUAAUUGUAAAAAACAAUGCCAAAAAGAGAAAGAUGUAUGAAAGCUUUAUCGAGUCACUGCCAUUCCUCAAGUCUCUGGAGGUCUCUGAACGCCUGAAGGUGGUAGAUGUGAUCGGCACCAAAGUUUACAAUGAUGGAGAACAGAUCAUUGCUCAGGGAGAUUUGGCAGAUUCUUUUUUCAUUGUAGAAUCUGGAGAAGUGAAAAUUACUAUGAAAAGAAAGGGUAAAUCAGAAGUGGAAGAGAAUGGUGCCGUGGAAAUUGCUCGGUGUUUUCGGGGACAGUACUUUGGGGAGCUUGCCCUGGUCACUAACAAACCACGAGCAGCGUCUGCACACGCCAUUGGGACUGUCAAAUGUUUAGCCAUGGAUGUGCAAGCAUUUGAAAGGCUUUUGGGACCUUGCAUGGAAAUUAUGAAAAGGAACAUCGCCACCUAUGAAGAACAAUUAGUUGCACUGUUUGGAACAAACAUGGAUAUUGUCGAGCCCACUGCAUGAAGCAAAAGUACAGAGCAGAAAGAGCAUUAGUGAGACAGUUAUGCCUAGUGGUUAGUCCACUGAGAAUGUGUUUGUAUAGAUGCCAAGCAUUUUCUGUGAUUUCAGGUUUUUCCUUUUUUAAACAAAAAUCAUUUACAAUGUAUCAGUAAACAGUAGUGAUUUAAUAGUCAAUAGGCUUUAACAUCACUUUCUAAUGGGUAGUUCAUUAAAAAAACAACAUAUUCAUAAAAAUGACUUUCUAUUCCAUAAAAUUAUUUGACUGAAAGAUUUAUUCAAAUGGUUAUAAUAUAUUGAAAGCAUACAUGUUUAAGAAGAUAAUUAAAAGAUGUAAUCAUAGGCCAAUAUAUGUGUUUGGAUUAUUCAAAUAUCAAGUUAGUGACUAUCCCAUUUAAGAGGGAAGUUGGUAGUGACUCAUGCGAUCUAGCAUGGCAUCACAUUCUUUUUAUAAUUCAUCAUACAGUAAAAUGUCAGUCAUUUCAUUUUCUGGCUUGAUAAAUUGUGUGUUAGCCUUGGCCUAUUGGUGAAAUGGUAUGAAACAUCAUAUGCAAUUUUAAAAUUUUUUAUAUUUUUGCAAUAAAGUACAUUUCGACUUCUUUGACAAAUGUCAGUGAGUAGCCUACGUAAUUGAGUGCUUUUGAGGCGUGGCAACUUAGUCAUUAUAAUUGGGCAAAGAGUCUUUUGAGAUGAAAGCAUAAAUGCAUUUUUCUGUCGUCUUUUUUUUCCCCUCAAGACAAGGUUUCGCUGUGUAACCCUGGCUGUCCUGGAACUCACCCUGUAGAUCAUGCUGGCCUCAAACUCAGAGAGAUCACGCCUGCAUCUGCCUCUUGAGUGAUGGGAUUAAAGGUGUGUGCCACCACCGCCCAGCCCAUAAAUGCAUUUCUCAUCAUCAAAUAUAUAGUAUCACUGCUUCCUUUUUUAUUUUGCAACCCCUGUAUUCUUUAUAAAUUGCUUCUUGACAUUUAAUGUGACAAAGAUUUUUUUAAAAGCUAUUUAAACUUAAUCUGACAUUUUUUUGUCCUCUGAAUGUUCUGAAUUUUAUAUUUAGAAAAAGGAAAACUUUCCUAUUAAAAAAUCAUUUGGGAUUCUUAUCCACAUGCCCAUGGGAUAUUGCUUUGCACUUUAUGGUCCAAAUACUGCAGCUCUGUGCACAUGUCUGUGCCCAUGGCCAUGUUUUAUUUUUAUUUUUAUUUUUUUUGUGUGUGUUCUUCCUUGUCACCAACCAGCAAGCUCAUUGAUCAUCAGCCAAUCAAGUGUUUUAUCUUUUCCAGCCUUCAAAAACUACCACCAUGGUGGAAAUAAGUUUGUAUAUAAGCAAAGCCAUACACAAUGAUUAAUGGAAUUUCUGUCUACACUACAUAUCAUUAGGCCUUGUCCUUAGCUUUAAAUUCAACACAGAGUUAAAAGUACACAAAGUACAAAAUUUUAUUAGGUUUUCUUUGGUCACUUAUAUGCUUAUUUUUAUGCCAGAUAACGAUGAAUUGUUAUGUACAACCAAAGCAAUAUACUUUUACACGACUUUCAGGCCCCAUGACCAAGUAUCUAGAGACUAAUUCUCACCAGUUAUUCACCUUUAAAUGGGUAAUUUCAUUUUGGGAAAUGUGUUCUAAGGAACAGAGGAUCUAUAUAUGUGCAAUUCAUCUAUGGCUGUUGUGAUCUUAUAAGGGAAUGUUUAUAGUCCUACUUGUACAUGAAAACAUGGCUAGAAUGUUAAUUGGAUAAUGCAUAAACAAGUUAAAGUAUGUAAACUAUAGCUUUAGUCAUGUUUUAAAAUAUUAUUUUUGCAAAAUCUGUCUUUAGGAAAAAGAGCUCUCUCUACAUGAAGGUAACAUGUUUUCAAAAGCCAUGUGUUAAACAAGGAAAAAUUCCAAAAACAGAAAAAAACAGAAAAAAGCCACCCAAGUUCCUGGUUCAUCAUUCUGUGUUCUUUAUUCACUCACUAUUCCGAGUUCUCUUCUGUUGCAUUGCAUAAGCUAAUUGUUAAUGUUCAUGGAACAGUAAACAAAUGCCUGUCAAAUAAAGAACUCCAACCAAGGCUAUAAAUGCCAGUUACAUUAUUUUCAGUAUUGUCGGUUAUAUUUAAAAUUUCCUUAUAAUAAAGCACACUUUUAUAAUAAAUGUUUUAAGCAUUGUUUUCUUUAUUGUGGCUUGUCUGGUGUAUAAAUGUAACAAAAAUCAUGAGAUAUGGCCUAUGGAAAUUAUAAUCCCAUGGCAUAUAGCAGUAAGAAAGUAUGGUUUUUGCAUGACUGUAGGUCUCUGUAAGAUUUUUAACUACUGGUUAAAUUUUUAACUAUUGUGGUAUGUUGCACAUUAUUUUGGUCAUUUAGAGUAACCAAAUAACUGGGGAAUUUAUGUGUAAAACUUUCUAAUUAAAACAGCUCAAAUUUG